UAGGGGGAGGGUGGGGGGGGAGCCACACCGCAAGCUGCGGCCACCGCUCCCUUCUCCUCCUCCUUCGUGAAGCGCCCUCUACCCCGCCCCUCUCCCCGCCCGGGACUCCUGAGAGAGAGCCUUGGUGGCCACAAAAUGGCGGACGGGGAGCUGAACGUGGACAGCCUCAUCACCCGCCUGCUUGAAGUACGAGGAUGUCGUCCUGGGAAGAUUGUUCAGAUGACCGAAGCAGAAGUUCGGGGCUUGUGCAUAAAAUCACGGGAAAUAUUUCUUAGCCAGCCUAUUCUCCUGGAACUAGAGGCACCUCUGAAAAUUUGUGGUGAUAUUCAUGGUCAGUAUACAGACUUGCUGCGAUUAUUUGAAUAUGGAGGAUUCCCACCAGAAGCUAAUUAUCUUUUCCUUGGAGAUUACGUAGACAGAGGCAAACAGUCUCUGGAAACGAUUUGCCUAUUACUGGCAUAUAAAAUCAAGUACCCAGAAAACUUCUUUCUUUUAAGAGGAAACCAUGAGUGUGCCAGCAUCAAUCGGAUCUAUGGAUUCUAUGAUGAAUGCAAGCGGAGAUUUAACAUUAAGCUGUGGAAGACCUUCACAGACUGUUUUAACUGUCUGCCUAUUGCAGCCAUUGUGGAUGAGAAGAUCUUCUGUUGUCAUGGAGGACUUUCUCCAGAUCUUCAGUCAAUGGAACAGAUACGGAGAAUUAUGAGACCUACAGAUGUUCCUGACACAGGCUUGCUGUGUGACCUGCUGUGGUCUGACCCAGACAAAGAUGUGCAAGGUUGGGGUGAAAAUGAUCGUGGGGUCUCUUUCACUUUUGGUGCUGAUGUGGUCAGUAAAUUUCUCAAUCGUCAUGAUCUGGAUUUGAUCUGUCGAGCUCACCAGGUGGUUGAAGAUGGAUAUGAAUUCUUUGCUAAACGGCAGUUGGUCACCCUAUUCUCAGCUCCAAAUUAUUGUGGAGAGUUUGACAAUGCGGGGGGCAUGAUGAGUGUGGAUGAAACUCUGAUGUGUUCCUUUCAGAUAUUGAAACCAUCUGAAAAGAAAGCCAAGUACCAGUAUGGUGGACUGAAUUCUGGGCGUCCAGUCACUCCACCCCGCACAGCUAAUCCACCGAAGAAGAGGUGAAGAAAGGAAUAAUGUAGAAACACCAUCAGAUAUGUCAAGGACAAAACUCCAUAUUACAGUAUAUAAUAAGUGUGCACUGUAAAACCAUCCAGCCAUUUGACACCCUUUAUGAUGUCACAUGUUUAACUUAAAGAGACGGGUAAAGGAUCUUUAUUAAUUUUUUCUAGUAGAAAGAUGUGCGACACUGUAUUGUAACAAGUAUAGCUCCAAGUUCUAAUAUCCAGCAUAGAGUAAAAGAAAAGUUUAGGAGAAAACUAUUGCAACUACAUAUUCACAUUUACCACGGUUUUUAAAGUUGACCAACAUCCCAGUUAAAACUCGAUGUAGUAGUUAAACCAGAUGAGAGCAUGGUGUUCCAUUUGUGUAAUGUGGUCUUAUUGUUGCUUGAUUGCUUUUACUUUGGUUAUUUUGUAGCUAGAAUGAUGCGAAUAUUGUAUCUAGUCAUAUUUCCCAGCUCUAUGUGAAAUUGAAAGAAGAAAGGGGCUUUUUAGAACCACCAUUGGUCUCUUAUCCUCCCCCUAGACCCCUAUUGUUAAUAAUAUUGCCGCCCAAAUGUGUGCCCCAUUAUAAUGCAAAGUUUAUAGUAUGGUAGUGAUUAAAAAGGUAAACUAAGUCCAAAAUGCC